GCACGGGGACGCUGCCAAAAGCCAACAGGAAGAAAGAGGAGGAUUGUAACGAAAAUAUCAUGUUUGAGUCCAGAAACUAUGAGUGGAUGUCCGGCUGCUGAGCUGCUCCGGCGGAGGGGAAGUUGUGAGGCAGAGGCGGAGGACCAGGAGCAACUUUUAUAGACUUUCAAGUCCACCGAGUGCAAGUAGAGAAACAGCCCCAGUUUGGACUCGUUUGACUCGGGGAGAGUGUGGGGAGCUUUGACAUAAGUGCAGUAUUUCAAGGUUAUGUGUUGUCGAGGGCGUCUAGAAGCGGAAAGGAAAUGGCAUUUCUGGUUUUGGUGGUUGACAAUGGAGAAUAAAUGAAAGGGACGUUUCCUGGGGAUUAAUUGACAGCACAACGACAGAAUGCAGGAGAGGGACUUACAGAGCAUGUGCAGAAGGGCGCUGCUGCUGGCCGUCUGUAUGGUGUCUCUUUGGGGACAGCUGACCGGAGCAUCGUCACACAGAAGCCACAUAGUUCAUGUGAAGGCGGGGACCUGUGAGGUAAUUGCUGCACACCGGUGCUGCAAUAAGAACAAGAUCGAGGAGCGAUCCCAGACUGUCAAAUGCUCCUGCUUCCCUGGACAGGUGGCGGGGACAACAAGAGCGGCUCCAUCUUGUGUAGACGCAUCCAUAGUUGCACAGAAGUGGUGGUGCCAGAUGCAUCCCUGCAUGGAUGGAGAGGAGUGUAAAGUGCUGCCUGAUCUCAAAGGAUGGAGCUGCAGUACAGGAAACAAAGUUAAGACGACCAAGGUCACACGAUAGUCAUCAUCUGUUUCCAGGAAAAACCUUGUUGGAACCAGACGUUGUUUCUUUGGACGUUUGGAUAUUUGGAGGAUUGGUGGAAACCAGGGACCAACAAGGAUAAAAACCACAGACAUUCCUCUGGAUGAUUGGAUAAAAACAGGAUCAGAGAGCUUCAUUUAAGACAUUUCCAAAAAAGAUUCCUGACUUUAGAUGCAGCAUCAACAGUAGCUGAACUCUACUGCCCACCAAAUCUCUCUUUGUAUUAUAGAUUUGUUCCUUUUGACUCAAAGACUCGGAGAACCAUGAAGAUAUUUAUUGACUGAGAGACUGUGGAUUACACCAGAAAAAGAAAAAUCACCCUUAAAAAGAAAACCAUGUGAUGUGAAACUCUUGUGUUACUUUCUCGCCACAAAAAGAGCCCCAGGACUCUUGAUGCAUAUCUGUGUUGAAGAUCAAGUGAAGCUUUUUCAUUCCUUUUAGCCUUAUGAAGCAGAAAUCUCUUAAGUUUCUUCUUUUUUAUUUGAAAGAAAAAAAACUACAAAGUGUUUGGCUUUUUUAAGUUGGUUAGGAUGUCUUCUUUUUAAAGACAAAAGAUGAUGCCACAACAAUAAAACCCACAAGUAUAUGUAACGAUGUUCGGCUAAAGUCACCAAGGGUCAAUACAGCUGACUUCUGCCAAGAUGUUUUAAUGGUAUCUGUUGUUUUCAAAGCUUGGUGACGACCAUUGAUACAAACAUGUCAAUAUUAUCUCAAUAAAUUGAACUAAAUGGA